AUGAAACGGUAUGCCUCACCACUGAACACAGAAACCUGUACAUUCAACGAAGCUACCCUCAUCACCUUGCAACCGCUUCAACAGGAAAGCUGCUUAACGUUGAGGGAUAAACUUGACAACCCUAUUGGAAUCAUCUCCAUCAAAGUGAAUGGAAUUGACUUCCAAUGUCAGAAGAACGUGGAAUUCUUCACCCGCGACCACAAGCUGCUCUCCGAGUCAGUUCAUCGCUGUUACCAUGCCGGCAGCUGUAUCCCAAAUGCCUGUGAUAGCACAACGCCAUCGGACAAAAUCAAAGAAUUCUCAGACACUGCGAACAAUAGUCCAGGAUAUUCUUUCUGCUCUAGGAGCUGUGGAUGCCUUUUUUGCGAUGGAUGCUUUUUCUGCACUCCAAGCUGUUUGUUCCAUCGACUUUACGCGGUACCAACGAGCCAUACUAUCUACACUGUCUUUACGUGCCCAAGCUGGGAAAUCGUCAUCAGCGUCGACAUUGUACUACAACAACAAGGUUGUGCCACGCUGGAACUCCAACCAGGACGCACAGCAUCGUGGAACAACAUCCGCCUCAGUCUCAUCGGUAACAUCGUCCCUCAAUUACCGAUACUGUCAUCAACCUUCAUGGAAACAGGAACUGACAUUUCAAUAGUGAAACCAGUUCAUAAAGGGAAACUCGAACCUCACAGUGCAGGGCAACUACAAUGUCCCACGAGAAGAGCAGCCGAGGAAUUCUAA